GUAGAUCGUAAGAUACUGUUUAUCUUUUCCAUGAAUGUUGUUUUUGUAUUUCGAGCAGGAAUUUUUAUAUGACUUGAACUUCGCGCAAGUUAUAAAUUAUUAGGAAAGAUAUCACUGAUAUCAAAGUGAAUACGUUGUCGGGUUUUCGCAAGUUAGUCCAUCUUACUUUGGUGCGUUAUAAUAGCAACAUGAACAAGUUAAUUGGUUUAACGAGAAAUUUCUCGAAUUCCACUUCUUUAAAUGCCAUCAAAACAGUCACAGUUGUUGGCGGUGGGCUUAUGGGAUCGGGAAUAGCGCAGGUUGCAGCUCAAGCUGGUCAAAAUGUGAACUUAAUAGACCUCAAACCUGAGUUACUUGAUACAGCUCAAAAAUCCAUUCAAAACAACCUGCAUAGGGUUGCACGCAAAAUACAUAAAGAUGCGCCGGCCAAAAUUGAAGAGUAUGUCAAAGAGGCAAGCGAGAGAAUCAAGGUAUCAACUAAUUUGGAAGAUGGUACUAAUGCUGACUUGAUUGUUGAAGCUAUUGUUGAGAAGCUUGAUGUAAAACAGCAGCUAUUUAAUAGGCUUGAUCAGCUUUGUCCGGAACAUACAAUCCUUGCUAGUAACACGUCAUCCAUCUCUAUAAAUGAAAUUGGUGCUGGAAUCAAACGAAAGAACAAGUUUGGGGGUCUGCACUUCUUUAACCCCGUCCCAGUGAUGCGUUUGCUGGAGGUCAUAAAGAGUGAACAAAUGUCCGAAGAGACAUAUCAGGCCAUGAUGGAGUGGGGCAAGUCAGUGGGCAAGACGUGUAUCACAUGCAAGGACACACCAGGAUUUGUGGUCAAUAGACUCCUCGGGCCGUACAGCGCUGAAGCGUUGAGGAUGUAUGAGAGAGGAGACGCAUCAGCUCGCGACAUAGAUAUAGCUAUGAAGCUAGGCGCAGGUUAUCCCAUGGGUCCUCUGGAACUAGCUGAUUUCACUGGCUUAGAUACAAAGAAGGCGAUCUUGGCUGUUAUGCUUAACAAAACUGGAAACCCCGUGUUUAGACGGAUACCUCUGCUGGACAGGCUCGUCGACGAGGGAAAGGUGCACUACAACCUGCGCCGACAGGACGAGGUGAUGGCCAAGCCGCUGGCGAUGCCCUCCGCACCGCUCGAAGUGCAAGCCUACGAACUGCAGGUCGCUGGCCACAGGAACGAUAAGUCUGACAAGAAGUUUCUAGGACUACUCCAAUGCAGCAACGGCAGGAUCCUAAAGCCCAUCCUGAAGGAGUCGCAGAAGCGGGAGGUGGACUUCUACAACCGCAUAUCUGCGUCCACAAACCCCGAGUUGGUGGAGCUGAGGAAGUUCGUGCCCAAGUACUACGGCUGCAGGAAGUUCACGUACAACGGGUUCGAGCAAGAGUACAUCAUGCUGGAGGACCUUACCGAGAGGAUGCUGGACCCUUGUAUCAUGGAUGUGAAGAUUGGUAAAAGAACAUGGGACCCGCACGCGUCUCUGGACAAGAUACGGCGGGAGGAGAGCAAGUACGCGCAGUGCAAGGAGGAGUUCGGCUUCUGCAUCCCCGGCUACCAGGUGUACAAGCUGGCCACGGGGAAGCUUCAGAAGUACAACAAAGACUACGGGAAGAAGCUGCACGGAUCCAUGGUUAGGGCUGCGAUGAAGAACUUCCUGAACGGGCUGGGCUCGAGCCUGUGCCGCGCGCUCAUCCUGCAGUUCCUGGGCGCUCUGUGGAGCGUGCAGAAGUGGGCGGCGCGCCAGACCGCCGUGUCGCUGUACUGCGCCUCGCUGCUGCUGGUGUACGACGCUGCGCGCCUGCGCGGCUGCUGCGACGCGCCGCAGUAAGUGCCGCUAAACCCGGGGACUCCGUCAGGCUUCAAAUGCCGCACAGCAGCAGUGCCCCGAAGAAAGUCCAUCCACUCGCUCCACAACCCCGCAGCGGGCUCCAACUUCAGCGGACAAAUAUCCUCCAAGGGACCCGUCUACAGGAAAGUCAAUUCAGUUCCGCUUUCUUCCAUGACCUUAGCGCAGAAAACAUUCGCCCCCCUUCCAGUAACUAAAUCCCCAUGGAGCGAAGCGCUAGAUAAAUUGAACCACAAUCAUUCUUUCGAGCACAAUUACGAGGACAAAUUGUCCAAAAUCAAAAUGAACUAUCGAGCUACCUUGGACCAGUUGGCCAGCGAAACUCCUACCCCAAACCCGUGGGGGACGGUCAAAAUUAUAGACUUUGCGCACGCGUUCUUCAAUGAAGAGGACAAUAUCAGAGUGGAUACCAACUUCAGAGAAGGCAUAGACAACGUUGUAGCGAUGUUCGAGUCGCUGUUAAGGGAAACUGAUGAUCAGGUUUUCUGACGUUUUUCCAUUAUUAUCAUUCCAUUCUUGUAGUCCAUUCUUAACGUCUAAAAUCAUGGUUCCCGAGGGAACAAUAUUGAGAUUUGAAACUAAAUUUUAUCGUUAACCCUUUCGAUGCGGGAUCACAUUUUUAUUACCUCUGCGGAUGAAUUUUAUGUCAGUUCUCUUAUACGAUGGGCAAGAUAUUAUAUCCCGACGUCAUGCGUCGUUAGCACCGCUUGAAGACAUUUUCUCCAUGGGGAAAGACAAAAUAUUUCUCUUCUCUCAGUUUUAUCCAUGAGCUUGGACGGACGGGUGGAAAUAAUAUACGUGGGUAACCUUCGUCUCUCCGGUUACUAGUUUUUUACCCCCGAACAGAAUAGGCGUAAUUUCUAUCUACUGUUUGUUUAUGGUGGUUUUUGUUUUAAUUAAAUAACACGGGCACCUCAUGGUGAAAGCUUUCAGGGGGGUGUUAUAUCACGCCACCCAGCGAAAGGGUUAAAAAAAAAUAUCAAUUUGCGUAAAGUUAAGAAGUGCCAAACCUAAAGAUUUUUGUCAAUAUAAAAAGUAGGUAUAUCUCACUUGUUAUAUAUAAUGUAUAUAAUGGUGAUCUUCUAUAAAUAUACUAAUUCUAUAAAUAAUACUUCUACUAAUGGCGGAAAAAGAUAAUUACCUCGUUCAUAUAAAAUGUAUUCCAUCCAUCUUAUUUUAUGAUAAGAUGAAAUGCUAAAAAGAAAAACUAAAACCUUUUAAUCUAUUAGCACUUAAUGUUCUCUCUUCCAAUUUAAGAUACAAUUACUGGGAUUUUUUUUCGCUUGUGUAAUGUAAGGUCAACAAGACGAGGUAAAGAAUGUUUUAUUUAUUUAUUAACGUUGAUGACAAUCAUGCCCUUUAGAAAGCAAUGCACGUUUGGAGCACGCUUGCCUAGAAAAAGCCUAUUCACUCUUGCCUUGAAGGUACUCAAAUUAAACGUGGCAGGAAACACAGUUGCCGGGAGGGCGUUCCACAUCCUAGCGGUACGUAUCAGAAACUUUUCUUGCCUGUUGAUGGAAUAUCAACCAUAUAAGGAUGCCAUCGCUCAAGCUAUCACGCCGUUCUGCGGUAUAACGGGGGGAUAAGAUUGUGAAGUACCUACUUGGAGAUUUCAAAUACUACCCUUUUCAUUUUUAAAUAAGAUGCUUAAUAAAUGAGUUUGAAAGAAUGUAUACUGUUAAAAAACGUGGUUCACGGCUAAAAUGGGAUAUCCACACUCAUUUCUGUUCUAAAGAUUUUAAAAAAACCAAUCCGUUCAUUCGAUCGCUUUAUUUACACACAAAUGACUGAAAUAUAUUAUUUCUAAAGCUUUGUUUUUAUAACAUAAAAUGCUGCAAAAAUAUAUAUGGUUAUAUUUAAUUACUAUUAUUAAUUUAAAAUACAAACUGAAAAGAAGUCCGAUUCCAAUUGCUUUGAUCAAUGGUCGUAACAAUGAACUUUUUGCAUUCUGUAUCUCGUUCUAUUGGCCUGAAUAUUUAGUGUCCUUUUCUCGAACAAAACCCCUUUUGAUAAGACCCCUAUUUCUGCUUGGUAUUAUAUUUACUUUAUUUUUAGAUAUCAUUCUUGUUCCUCGGUCUUCCUUUUUGUAAUUAAAAUAAAAAGUAUUAAUAAGACAAAUAACUCUAUUGCCAAAUACUUCAUCUAUGAAGAACAUAAAAAUACAAUUUUAUUUUAUACGCUUAAUGAAGUUUACACCAUAAAACAUUCUGUUUUAAUUAUUCGUAAG